UGUCUAUUUUGACAAGCCUAUUUUCUACCAGCUGAAACUCACUGUAUCCUUUAGACAAGUGAUCCAACAGGGACAGACAGCUCCUGAAGCUGACAUUGCCACCACAUCGUGGUUAAGAACAUAAAUACCAAAGCAAGGUCGAUGCUCAGCUCCUGAAGAAACCACAGCUCAGCCACACUGCUCAGAUAGCUCAACUUAAAGCCUAAUGGCUAAAGCCUAAAGCCUAGAAUAGUAACUGCUACAGACAUGGAGGGAAAUCAAGGUCUGUUCCUGUAUGAAACCUAUCACUUCAUUACCUAACAUAUUAUACUGAGAGCUGUUUAAGUGAAAUAAAUUUGAAAGCACAGAAAGUUUGAAUUUACUACUGUCUCCAUCUUUAGGUACAAAAAACGUUGGCUGUUUAUGGAGCACACAUGCCAAAUGACCUGAAAUCAAUAGAGCUACUCCAGGGGUGAAUCUGGCUCACUGAAUGUUGGACUUCCAAAGAAAAACUGCAGAAAUCACAAGACUGCUUGAAGCAGAGACCUCAUACAAGACAUAUGAACUCUUAUUACAGACAGAGGGAUGAGGAGGAGCAAAGGAGAGAAAAAUAGGUACAUUUGAACUGAAACAGGACCACAUGGGAGACCUGUUGUGUGUAAGUGCUGUCAGAACAGGAGGCUGCAGCUGCUGUUCAGAGAGAAGGGGCUCCCAGCAUAUCACAGGCCCUCAGCACACAGAAGCAGUGUCUACAACAGAACAGAGACCAGGCAUGCCCUUUGGAGCUGCCACAUCCUAUGUACAUCUAGAGAAGCUGUGUGAAGGAUCCUGUGCAACUGUGUACAAAGGGAUCAGCAGGAACAACAGCCAGUUGGUAGUGCUGAAAGUGAUCCGGCUGGAGGCAGAGGAGGGAGUGCCCUUUACAGCCAUUCGGGAAACUUCCCUUCUCAUGCAUUUGAAACAUGCCAAUGUUGUACUGCUUCAUGACAUUAUCCAGACCAAGGAGACACUAGCAUUUGUCUUUGAGUACAAGCGCACAGACCUAGCACAGUACAUGGGCCAGCAUCCUGGAGGACUUCAUUCGUGCAAUGUUAUGCUUUUCAUGUUCCAGCUUUUGCGUGGACUGGCUUACAUCCAACAACAACACAUUCUUCACUGUGAUCUGAAACCCCAGAACUUGCUCAUCAGUUGCCUUGGUGAGCUCAAAUUAUCAGACUUUGGCCUUGCUCGUGCCAAGUCCAUCCCUACACAGACAUACUCCUCUGAAGUGGCAGCACUCUGGUACCAUCCUCCUGAGUUACUUGGAUCUACAGAUUCUGAUCUAGAUAUCUGGAGUGCAGGCUGUGUAUUUGUUGAAAUGAUCCAGGGCCAGCCAGUAUUUGCAGGAACUUCUGGUACUCAUGAACAGCUGCUGAAAAUCUGGAAGGUAUUGGGGGUCCUGACUGAGGACUCCUGGCAAGGACUUUCCAAGGUUCCCAACUAUAAGCCAGAAGUGGCUGCUUCCAGGACACCUCAGAGGCUCCAAGUCAUCUGUGACAGGCUGAGCAAAGUGCCAGCAGUGGAGGAUUUGGCCUCCAGGAUGCUUAAAGCCUUCCCCCAAGGCCGGAUCUCUGCACAAGAUGCACUUGUUCAUGGUUUCUUCAGCUCUCUGCCUCCUCAGCAAUAUGAGGUUCCUGCCGGACAAUCAGUGCUCACAGUUCCAGGAGUGAGACUGCAACCUGAAAUCUGUGACCUUUUUGUUUCUUACCAAAAAGGCCAUCUAAAUUCAAGCAAGUUUUGGUAG